UUGGCUCAAGACCCGGCGCAACGUUGGUGUCCAUUUCUCGCAAGCGAGGACACUCAGCUGGGUUGCGUCAUGAGCUUCUCGCGAGGCCUUUUUCUGGGCCUCCUGGCGCUGGGUGCGGCGGAUGAUCGCAGGCUCCAAGCCUACGGGGGAUGCCCGCGCUGGGAGAGCACGACCUUCUCGGAUGAGAUGUCGCCCUUUGGGUGGCCGCUGACGCCCAAUGACUGGAGCUUUGCAGAGGAAGGCAACUGGCCAGACAAGUAUUUGGCCUGCGGCGGCAUGCGGCAAUCGCCCAUCUCCAUCCCUCUCCAUGACACAGCCUGCGGCAUUGACAGGGUGGGCGAGCCCGACGGCGCCUUGAAGGACGCGGCCUUCUACACCGUGGUCUCCGGCGCUGACGUCAAAGUGAGCCACUACAUGCGCACCAUCCACGUGGAUGGGGCCUUUGGGAUUCUGAAGCUGAAGGGCGAGUCAGGCGAGGAGGUGGAGUACGAGGCGAUCUCUGCGCACAUCACCGCGCCGAGCAUGCACAAGAUGGACGACAAGCAUUACGCUGCGGAGCUUCUGGUGCUGCACAAGCCCAAAGGGGCCAUUGACAUGGUCAACGAAGGAGUCAUCGUGAGUGUCCUGUUUGAUGACACGAACGGCUCCGAGAGCCACCUCUUCGCCCACUUCGGCUUCCCCGCUGAUGGCACGCCCAGCCCUGGGAAGAAGUGGCCGCAGCCGCACUACAUCGACCUCGCCGAGGCUCUGUCCGAGGCGCUGGAGGGGUCUUCGUACCAGUACGAUGGCAGCGUGCCAGUGCCGCCGUGCCACGAGACCAUCAAGUACUUUGUCCUGGGCCAGGUGCAGCCGAUCCUCACAACGCAGGCCAAGGCGGUGGAGGAGGUGCUGGGCUGCUGGGGAGGCGGCAUGCUGAAGCGCACGGUGGUGGGAGGACAUGGAGGCAAUUGCCGGUCGGUGAAGAAGGACGACCUAGUCAUCGGCGGGCCCCAUCACGGGCCCACCUGUGAGGCUGCAGUGGCGAGCCACACUAGCUACCGCCUGGCUGCGUGCUGGGACUACGGCAUGUCAGAGGCAGAGCGCGCAAGCUGCGUCCAGUCCCCCAUCGACAUCAUGCCUUCCAUGGCCUCCACCGCAGAGAGCACCAAGCCUCAGUUCAACCUGCGCCCCAUCAAGAGCGCCCGCUUGAAGCCUGGGAACUACUCGCUGGAGGCGUACCCACUGGAGAUUGGCGCACCUGCGCCGCUGCCAAACUUUGGGACCAUCAUGAUCCUGGGGAAGAAGUACAUGGUGCGGAAGAUUUCGGUGAAGCCCAUCUCCAGCCACACCUACGGGGACGAGCGCUACGUGGGGGAGGUCCAGAUCGAAGCCCUGGUCUUUGGGGAUGAGAUUUCCACGGCGGCGCAAGGAAAAGGAGGCACAGCAGCUGGCCAUGCCGAUGACCACAGCGACGCUGGACACAGUGCGAGCCAUCGACGCCUGCAGCAUGAGGAGGGUCCUGGUCACACCACUGCGCACGCCCAUGACGAUGGGGAUCAGACGCACCGGGUGGUGGUGCUGGUGCCCAUCAAGCUGGGGGUGGAGAGCUCCUUGCUGCGGGAGCUGGGCUUGCCGUUCCAGGCCUACCGGGAGGCCAUCAAGGACCAGCAUGAGUAUCGCAUCGAGCAGACCAUUGACUUGCAGGCUGGCAUCAUGCCCUCCUUGGAGGGGGACUGGCUCUUCUACUCCGGCGGCCUCGUCCAGCCUGGGUGCCCCAAGUGGGGCGUGAGGUGGAUCGCCUUCACCACCCCCAUCACCGCCAGCCUGCUGCAGAUGAACUACCUGGCGCUGGCGGUCUCGGGCACGGACUCGACCAGGAUGCACCCUGUGGAGAUGUCGCCUCAGGACUACUCGACCAAGGUGUUCCUGAAUGGUUUGCCUUCCUGGUCCUUGAGCUGGCACAGCUGGCCCUGCGGAAAUGAACCCUGGAACUAUGACGAUGUCCAUUGCUGGGCGGAGCAGUACCCAGUCUGUGGCACAGGGAAGAAGCAGUCACCCAUCAACAUCCUGCCGAGCGAUGUCCAGAUGGAAGGAAGCUCCUCGUUUCUGCACCGGGUGGACUGGAAGCCGGUGAAGGAGCUCCGCAUCGCCAACAACGGCCACUCCCUGCAGGUCACCAGCGAUAUGCUGGGCUACAUCCAGCUGAUCGGCGAGGAUGGGUUCCCGGAGUUCUAUGACGUGGGGCAGUUCCAUUUGCACAUGCCCUCCGAGCACAUGAUCAACGGCCGCCAGUUCGCUGCGGAGCUGCACAUCGUGCACACCCGGCAGCGCUACGUGGGCACCUCGCCUGAGUCCCAUGAUGCCUUUCCCUUGGUGGUCUUGGGCUUCAUGUUUGACAUCGGCGAGCACGAGAACCUCUUCCUCAAGCAAUUCUUCUUGGGCGAAGAGAUCAUACCGAAUGGCACGUACAAGACCGCGAGGAAGCCCAUCGACCUCAUGCGAUCCCUGGGCCCCGCCCUGGAUGGCAACUUCUACCGAUAUGAUGGCAGCUUCACUACCCCGGAUUGCCACGAGGACCUCAAGUGGU